AUGGCUGCAACGAGGAGAUUACAGAAGGAGCUGAAUGAUAUCAGGCAAUCAGGAUUGAAGUCCUUUAGGGACAUACAAGUGGAUGAAUCCAAUAUACUGACAUGGCAAGGAUUAAUUGUACCAGACAAUUCCCCUUACAACAAAGGUGCUUUCCGCAUUGAGAUUAAUUUCCCAGCAGAAUAUCCUUUCAAACCGCCUAAGAUAAGUUUUAAAACAAAGAUCUAUCAUCCAAAUAUUGAUGAAAAAGGUCAAGUGUGUCUGCCUAUCAUCAGUGCAGAAAACUGGAAGCCUGCCACUAAGACUGAUCAAGUUAUUCAAGCACUUGUGGCCCUUGUCAACGAUCCUGAGCCAGAACAUCCGCUGCGUGCUGAACUUGCAGAAGAGUUCCUCAAAGAUAGGAAGAAGUUCACAAAAAAUGCAGAGGAGUUCACUAAAAAACACAGUGAAAAGCGGCCCUCAGACUAA